GGCGGCGACACCCGUGCUCCAUCCCCGGGCAUCGUCCACUCGUCGAACGUGUUUGCAGCUUCGACAGUCUGUCUCCGAAUGCCGUUUGCCGAAACGCGUUACUUGAUAGCGAAGAUGACCGACAACAUCCCCCUGGAGUCCCCGGCUCUCCCCCCUACCUCUGCACUUCCGCAGCCAUGUUAACCCCCAUCUCUGUCCUGGCGAAUAUCGCGAGCCAGAUCCUAUCUAUCCUUGCAUCACCCGCCCCGGUGCAGCAGCCACUCACUACCCCGGCUCUCCAGGGCCAUCGUCGGUUCUACGAUGUGCAGGCGCAUCGCGGUGGAAGGGGCAACACAAUCGAGAACACACUCCCGAGCUUCGCUUGGGGUCUCAUCGAUGGUGCUGCCACCCUUGAACUAGACAAUGGUAUCACUAGAGAUGGCCAUGUCGUCGUCUGGCAUGACGAGGACAUCGUCCCAGAGAAGUGCGUUGACACUGCGCCUGCCUUCCAAGACGACCCCGACUUCCCAUAUGUCGGGAAGUACAUCGCGAACCUCACGCUCGCGCAGCUCAAGACGCUCGAUUGCGGCUCGAAGCGGCAGCACGGCUAUCCAAUGCAACUGACGUACCCCGGUACGCGGAUAUCGACGAUGCAGGAGGUGUUCGACUUCGUUGAAUGUGCCGACCCGGAACACAAGAUACUGUGGAACAUCGAGUCGAAGAUCAACCCGCAGUAUCCGAACAAAACGUUGGGCGUAGAGGAUUUCGUGAAGAGGCAACACGCGUUGUUCUCUGCGAGUCCGUAUGCGUCACAGAUCACCUUCCAGAGUUUUGACUGGAGGACCUUGAUUGCCAUGAAGGCGCUGGAUCCCAAGAUUCCGACCUCAGCGCUCUUAGACGAUGACACUGCGUGGAUGCCGGACAACAGCACCACGCCAUGGCUGGCGGGCUUGAGACUGGACUCCUUCUCCGGUCCCACCGUCGGACAUCAGGUCGCACAAGCCGCUCAUUCGAUAGGCGCAGACAUUCUGUCGCCAUCUGCAAGGUCGUUCUUCAGCCCUGCACUGGACCCGGCCAUGGAGGGCUACGAGGCCUUCACGACGAAGGAGAUGGUCGACGAGGCGCAUAAGCUGGGCAUGAGUGUCAAAGUGUGGACUGUGAAUCGCUUGAACAUCGUCGAGCAGAUGCUGGACUGGAAGGUCGACGGUAUCAUUACAGACUACCCCAAUGUCGUUCGGCGAUUGACCAAGCAGUACGGAUACCCGUCUGCUCCCACGUAUCCUAAGCACCGUGUAAUGUCAUGUCUCAAGGAGCACUUGGCGAGACAGCAAGAAGUCGUAUAGAUAAAUUAGACACCGUUGGACCGCAUACCCUGAUAGACUGUUACCUGCACUACAUACAUUCUAUGAUACUAUUGAAGUAAUGAAUUGAACCGUUAGGAGUGUAAUCUGGACGGACAGCCGCACGUAGUUCGACUGUGUCUCCCCUAGGCAGACUUCAAAAGAAGACCUCUGAGUAGGAGGACGGUCUGCUAAGCAGUUCGACUGGCAAAUAUUCGCAUUCUUACUGGCUGGUAGCCGCUCAAAGGCCGCAAGCGCCCGCAUCGGGUAG